AUGCCUAACGUAUCUUUUGAUAUUUUUUUUGACAAGGACUUUAUCAACAUCACCGCCACUCGAGGACAUACUGCUCCCAAGGCCAAGCCAGAGUGGAAAGUCCGAACUGCCCCAAAACUUCCGCCCAAGCCUCAGCCAGAAGACCAUAGCGGCACCCCACGCCCACCACCACGCGAGAAGUUAACCUCGACUCGUCAAUCACUCGCUCCUCGCAGACAACUCCCUGAAAAGGCAGUUGACAACACUGACGCAGUCUCCCAGACGAGGACCGUGGCCACCGCUGGUGCUUUUGCAGGAGGUGCAGUGAGUGCAGUCGGAAACAGCAUCAACGGCAUAGGAGAGGGGAUCAACAAUUCAAUCAGACGUUAUGGAGACGGAGCAAAGGACUAUGGCAAUGCCAUCAUGGACUGGACAGCAGCUGAUGGAGUACGUGCAACGACGGCGAACAACCCCCUUGGGCUAAGUGCUGGUAAGACUGGUGGUAAGCGAACCGUGACGCAUCCGACACUGUACACGCCUCCGAAGCCGUCACCAUCCAAGACGUUGAUGACGACAAACAAGUCAGCGCAGCCUCAGAAGAAGAUCGAGGCAGGGACUCCCAAGAAGGCUCUUCCUGCUCCUGGUCCUGGUCCAAAACCACCUGGUGCAGCAAAGAAGGUUACCACGAAUGGUGCGGCGCCCGUGAAGAAGGCCGGUGUCUCCGUGCCGCCACCGUCAACCAACAAAACAUCAACAGCACCUAACCCAGGUGCAUUUAGGAAGAAGCCUGCUGAGAACAAUACGAUGGGAAAUGCAAAGAAAGCAAGCAUGAAUGCAGCAGCGAAGAAGCCUGUUUCUGUGCAGAAGUCGACUCCUAUUAAGCCCUCGCAAUCGAAGAAGACUAGUGCACCGCGUACCAACUACGUGGCUGCUGCCAAUCCUUUGGGUUUGAAGUUUUGA